AUGAGUUGGCCACUCCUGGUGCUGCUGCUCCUGCUGCCCUGCGCUUCUGGACUGCCCUUCUACAACGGCUUCUACUAUGCCAACAGUCCCGAUGGCUGGGGUGUUGGCCACGGCCAUGGCGAAGGCCUCUUCAAUGGAGUGAAGCUGGUGGUGGAGACGCCAGAGGAGACCCUGUUCACCCACCGUGGGGCCAAUGUGACGCUGCCCUGUCACUAUCAUUACGAACCAGCUCUGGCCUCCCCGAGGCCCGUGCGCAUCAAGUGGUGGAAGCUAUCGGAGAAUGGGGCCCCAGAGAAGGAUGUGCUGGUGGCCAUUGGGCUGAGGCACCGCUCCUUUGGGGACUACCAAGGCCGGGUGCACCUGCGGCAGGACAGGCCGCGUGAGGUCUCACUGGAGAUCCGGGACCUGCAGCUGGAGGACUAUGGACGUUACCGCUGUGAAGUCAUUGAUGGGCUAGAGGAUGAGAGCGGCCUGGUGGAGUUGGAGCUUCGAGGCGUGGUCUUUCCCUACCAGCCCUCCGAGGGGCGUUACCAGCUCAAUUUCCACGAGGCGCAGCAGGCUUGUGAGGAGCAGGACGCGGUUCUGGCCUCCUUCGAGCAGCUCUUCCGGGCCUGGGAGGAGGGCCUGGACUGGUGCAAUGCGGGCUGGCUGCAGGACGCGUCCGUGCAGUACCCCAUCACGCUGCCCCGCCAGCCAUGCGGCGGCCUGGGCUUGGCGCCCGGCGUGCGCAGCUAUGGGCAGCUGCACCGCCGCCUGCACCGCUACGACGCCUUCUGCUUUGCCGCUGCCCUCAAGGGGCAGGUGUACUACCUAGAGCAUCCCGAGAAGCUGACACUGACAGAGGCCAAGGCUGCCUGCCAGGAGGACGGUGCCCAGAUUGCCAAGGUGGGCCAGCUCUUCGCUGCCUGGAAGUUCUGGGGCCUGGACCGCUGCGAUGCCGGCUGGCUGGCGGAUGGCAGCGUCCGCUACCCAGUGGCGCACCCCCGUCCCAACUGCGGGCCCCCUGAGCCUGGCAUCCGGAGCUUCGGCUUCCCAGACCCACAGAACCACAAGUACGGGGUCUACUGCUACCGCCAGCGCUAG